AUGACGCAUAUGGCGCGCGCAGAACACCAUGCAGAUGAAGACGAGAUUACGGAAGAAGAGGAUGAUAAUACGACUUUGCACCGCAAAACUACAGCUCCUUUAGACACGGAUGAGUAUAUCAAUCGUGUUACCGGGCGCACUUCAGGCGACGAAUCUGAUUCCGACGUUCAGAUCACCGAUGUACGAACGAAGAAUGAUAAAGGGAAACGAAAAGCUGUUCCAGGAAUAUGGUCUUCUGAAGAAGAGGAUGAUUACGAGAAAUUCAAGAAUAGAAAGGCCGUGAAGAAGAAAAAGGUCGCAGCUACGAGGAAGAAGAUAAAGGAAAGAGAGAAGCAAGUCGCUGCCAGACACAAAGCUGCUAAAAUCAAUGGAGAGUCUUCGAAAGAAAAGAAGGAGAGGAUGUGGGGAGAUGUGGAGGACUACGCUGACUUGAUGGACGACGAGGUCCCCGAAUAUCUGCAGGAGAGAAGACAGCAAUUUGAUAGGGAAUAUCAGACCAUGCAUGAGAAUGGGCUACGGUUGCCACCGAGGUAUGACGAUAUCGAGUUCUCAGAUGACGAGAGAUUGGCGGAACUGGAUGAGAGGCCAGACUUUCCAGCAUCUGUGGAAUUGUCCCGCGAAUAUAAAGACAUCGAAUUACCGCAUUCUGCAGGCGUCAUACCAGCUUCUAUAGCACAAUAUCUGCGAGACUAUCAGGUGGAGGGCGUUAAGUUCUUACACGAGCUUUUUGUCUACCAGAAAGGAGGUAUCCUUGGAGACGACAUGGGUUUGGGGAAAACUGUCCAAGUCGCGGCAUUUUUGACUGCAGCAUUUGGAAAGACCGGUGAUGAACGAGAUGGGAAACGAAUGAGAAAGAUGAGAAGGUCUCCACGAAAACCAUGGUAUCCCCGAAUACUCAUCGUCUGUCCUGGAUCUCUAAUCCAGAACUGGAAAAAUGAGUUGGAGAGAUGGGGCUGGUGGCAUGUGGACAAAUAUCACGGAAGUGUCAAGGAAAGAGAUGAGGUCUUACAGACUGCAGCUUCGGGUCGAUUAGAAGUUGUUAUUACCACCUACAACACUUACAGAAAUCACAAAGAGCAGUUGAAUAUGGUGGAAUGGGAUUGUGUUGUUGCCGAUGAAUGUCAUCAGUUGAAGGAGCGCUCUUCGGCUACAACACAAGCUAUGAAUGAAGUUAAUGCUUUGUGUAGGAUCGGUCUUACUGGAACUGCAAUACAGAACAAGUACGAGGAAUUAUGGACUCUAUUGAAUUGGACGAACCCAGGCCGAUUUGGACCUUUAUCUACUUGGGUAUCAAGUAUCAGUGAGCCACUGAGAACUGGACAAUCUCAUGAUGCCACCUACCAUCAACUUAAGCGCGCAAGACAAACUGCGAAGAAGCUCGUCCAGAAUCUAUUACCUCAAUUCUUCCUCCGCAGAAUGAAAAGCCUCAUCGCUCAUCAACUUCCAAGAAAGACGGACAAAGUCGUUUUCUGUCCACUUACAGAUAUCCAAAGAGAAGCCUAUGAGAACUUCCUUGAUAGCGAAGUCGUGCAAAUUGUCAAGAACUCGACGGACAUGUGCGAUUGUAAUUCGGGCAAAAAAGCGGGUUGGUGUUGUUAUGCGACACUGCCUGAUUCUAACACGAAGUGGCAGGCCUUGGUAUUCCCUCUUAUUGCUACACUUCUGAAGCUCUCAAAUCACCUCGCUUUGUUGAUACCCAGUGCCUCGGAUCCCAGUGAGAAACAACAACGCGAUCUCGACUUCUUACAACAGAUGGUUCCAGAUCGCUGGGAAGACCUGUACAAUCAUCGAGACUCUCUGUUUAAUUUAUCAAAUCCAGAGUUUUGUGGCAAGUGGAAAAUCCUCAAAAUGCUGCUCAAGUUCUGGCACGAGAACGGAGAUAAAGUACUCAUCUUCUCGCAUAGCGUCAAGCUGCUGAAACUGCUCGAGCACUUAUUCAAGAAUACAACCUAUAAUGCGUCAUUCCUCAGCGGAUCUAUGCCCAAUGAAGACCGCCAAACGACCGUAGAUGACUUUAAUUCAGACCCAGCCCGAUUCGUUUUUCUGAUUUCCACCAAAGCUGGUGGUGUUGGUCUCAAUAUCACAUCUGCCAACAAAGUCGUCAUCUUCGACCCGAAUUGGAACCCCAGUUAUGAUCUUCAAGCCCAAGACCGUGCUUACCGUAUCGGCCAGCAGCGAGAUGUCGAAGUUUAUCGUCUUGUGUCAGCUGGCACAUUAGAAGAAAUCGUCUACGCAAGACAAGUAUACAAGCAACAGCAAGCGAACAUUGGCUACAAUGCUUCCACCGAACGUCGUUACUUCAAAGGUGUGCAGAAUGCCAAAGAUCAGAAAGGCGAGAUUUUCGGUCUGGACAAUCUGCUCACGUUCCACGGCGACGAUAUCGUGUUGAGAGACAUUGUAAAUAAGACCAACGUCGCUGAAGCUAAGCGUGGUAUCGACGUCCUAGAAGUCAACAUGGAUGAUAUACUCAAUGACGAAGACAAUCCCCUGAGAGUGGAUAAUGACGAUAAAGGAGAUGCAGCAAUCUCCCAACUCGCCGCUAUGCUCACGGAAGGAGAGAAGAAUUCGAAGAAGCAGAAACAGAAGCCCAAGACGGAUGCUAUCGCCGCUAUUCUAGCCUCAGCAGGAGUUGAAUAUACCCAUGAGAAUUCCGAGGUAGUGGGUUCUUCGAAAGUCGAAGCAGAGUUAUCUCGUCGUGCUGAAGAAGCGGGCAACGACGUUGACUAUGGUGAGGAAAGACUCUUUGCCGAAAGUCAGACCGUAUUGUCAGAAGAUGGCAAGGCAAAGUAUCUCUUCCAUCCACCUGAAGAGGUCAUGAUGCGACAAUUCUGCACCAUGGCGAAGACCUUCGGUUUCAGCAGUGCGACAGAAUUUGCUUUUGUCGUUGAAGGAUGGACUCAGAAGCAGAGGACGGAUUGUCUCGAACGAUUCUAUAUGAAGAGGAGAGACAAACUGGCCGCUCCAAACGAGGUUGUAGAUGGGGUGACAGCUGGUAACGGAGUCCGACACUACGAUGGAUGA